AUGGCCGCAACCAGACUACCCAGCACAAUGCGCGCCCUUUUGCACGACCAGAAGAAGCACACUCUGACCAUUGCCUCGACUCCUCUCCCGACUCCAUCCUCCACUCAAUACCUCAUACAACCUCACGCCGUGGCCCUCACGGCAGGCGAACUCCUCUGGCCUCGCCCCGAAGAGCUCACCGUUUCAACACCCGGCGUAGAAUUUGUUGCUCGUGUGGUGACGUCUCCAUCCUCGAGCUCGAAAUUCAAACCGGGAGACGAGGUCUACGGUCGCGUCACUUACCCCCAAGCCGGGGGUGCAAGGGAAUACUCAGUCUCUGACGACACUGAACUCGCUCUUCGUCCAAAGAAUCUGUCCAUCAAUGAAGCAACAACUAUGCCAGUUAGCGCCUUGACCGCGUGGCAAGCCUUGUUCGAGCAAUUCAAACUCCCCCCUCCUUCCCUCGCUACGGUUAAGCCACCCAUCCAGCAGCGGCAGCGUAUCCUCAUCACCAACGCCUCCGGCGGGGUCGGAAUCUGGGCCGUCCAGCUCGCCAAACUCAUCGGUCUGUACGUGAUCGGCACCACGGGGCCCAACAACCUCGACUUUGUCUGCUCCCUCGGCGCAGAUGAAGUCCUCGACUACCGCACCACGAACAUCCGCUCUUGGGCCGAACAAGACCCCGCUAAACGAAAGGUCGAUUUGGUAUUUGACUGCAUUGGACUCUCCUCGCUCGAACAGGCAUGGCACGCAGUCAAGCAAGGCGGGCAGGUCCUGUCUAUCGUGCCACCGGCAGAUAUGCAGUGGAAGUUCGUCCUGGAUCGCCCCGAGGGCGUGGAUGAGAGCGUCAACGGGAAGUUCUUCGUCAUGCACCCUUCUGGGGAGCAGCUGGCCAAGAUCACCGAGUUGGCUGAAGAGGGGAAAGUGAGGGCUGUGGUGGAUAGUGUGUUCAAAUUCGAAGACUUCGAACAGGCCUUUGAGCGGUUGGGCAGUGGCAGGACAAGAGGCAAGGUUGUGCUGAGAAUCGACGAGGAAGAGUAG